AUGAACGCAGACAAUAUUUCGGCCUUCUUCGAUGAUUGGGCCAGUAACUUCACGGACAACACCCAAUCGGAAAAUGUAACGGUGGUUCCCACUGUAAUUAGAGGCUCCAAACAGAUAGCCGACGGCAUCUGCUCUCAUUUCUUCAUGGGACCGAGAAGCAGGAAUGUAUCCCCCGCUAUCGAUUGGGUGCGGUCCAUCGAAUUCCACAUACUUCUGCCGACAAUCGCGGUCCUCGGAUUCGUCGGCAAUGCGAUCAACCUCAUUGUGCUACGGAGUUUCACCGGCCGGACGUUUUUCUAUCUGUUCUGGCUUGCGGUGUCGGAUUUGGGGACGAUGAUUUUUGACUCGCUGUUCUCUCUCAGCUUCUCCAUCGCACCGACGAACUCUCUGAUGGCUUUCUUGCAGUGCCACAUGGUCCCAGCAGGUGCCGGUAUAUCACUCACUUGUAGUAAUUUUAUUGUGGUUGUCCUGACAGUCGAUCGCUUUCGCGCUGUCUGCUAUCCCAUUGAGACUCGCGCAAAGGAGAACAAUUCGCGGCCGAGGUUGAAAGUGCUCUUGUGCUUCGUCUCUGCGCUCGUUGUCUUCGGACCGAAUACUUACCGGAGGAGAGUUGAGGCAGUCGUUUUCGACCUCGGGGAGCGCUCCACAAUGACCACGCUGUGCUACGUGUGCCAGCGACGGCGUUUCUCGAAUAACACGCUCAUCACCUUCUACCGGAUUUUAUUGGCUGUCUUCUCGAAAAUCAUCCCAGUGAUGAUCGUCGCAACAGUGAACAUCAGCAUCGUUGUAGGCUUGACCAGACACCAGAGUGAGAGGUCCGCGAAUCUCCACCUAGGGCCCCUUCGACAAGAGACCGCCGAGGACCGACUCAAAAAACUCAUCCUGACCAUCACAACGAUUUUCGUAAUCUGUCUCGUACCGAUUGCAUUCAGACAGCUGUAUUACCGACAGGAACCGAACACGUUGGGCUUCGCUGUUUUUAAAGCCCUGAGUCUCGUCAUGAUCCAUCUGAACACGGCCUGCAACUUCUACGUCUACUGUUUCUAUUCGGAAGCCAUAAGAAACCAGCUACGGAAAAUCAGUGGACAUCUUCUGAAUACAGCGAAGAAGAAUCUCACGAGGACAACGACGAUCCUGUCGUCGACUUCCCCGAGCACGCCCAGCUCGCCCGGCACUCCGGACACCGCGAUCUCAUUCAUCAGCUUCGACCCUUCCGUUGACAGCAAACUCUAG